AUGAGUCCCGCUCCUCGCGCGGUCCUGCUCGGCUCGUCGAACCUGCCGUAUGCGCCAAUCUCUCCCUCACCGUCAGCACUAGCGAUCAGCGAGGACGGGCAGUACGCGGUGGUUGCGAGGGGGGAGCUUCACCUCCUCACACCAACAUUGGGCUACUCUCCGGCUCUCUCGGCUGCGUCAGCCUCGGUGCUCGCGAGCGGGACCUCGUCGACUCCCCUUCCGACAGCUGGGACGAAAGGCGGGCUGGACGCCGCUGGCGGGAAGGGCAAAGAACGGGAGCAGGACGCAGAAGAGUGGAGCUGGUUCAAGACGGGAAUCUUGGUCGAGAGGAAGAACGUCGUCAAGUGGUCAGAUUGGGUCGAUGAGUACGACAUCGACAUGCCCGGUAUGGUCGAGCCGUUCUGGCGAGCAGCCGCCUGGUCCCCUUCCGGCGUUUCGCAACUUGGCGGAUGCAUGCUUGCGACGAUCACCACGAACGGUGAAGCGCUGCUGUUCGAGCCGAAGAAAAAUGCAGUUUCUGGCGAAUGGCGGGAGGUAGACGACCUGACCUCGACACUGAUCAAGGACACCGUUCCCAAUCAGAGCAAGUACCCGGAGCAGACCGCGCACAUGCGGCGCGACAUGGUGGCUGCAAUUCUUCGUUGCCAGUCCUCCGCCAUCGCUUGGUCAAGCGCCGUCCCCGGACAUGCUGGCGACGCGUCUAUCCUCGCUGUCGGCCACAGGAGCGGAGAGGUGACGCUUUGGCGCGUCAAUGAAGAGCGCAAAGCCAAUCGCUUCAAGCGUUUCCGGCCGGCUAAGGAGGUCAACAUCGUCAAUCUUCUUGCUUGGUCCGAGUGGAGAGUCGACGGCACGACAGCCACUUCGCUUCUCGCUAUCGCGGACGCAGACGGUCGCGUCUUCGUCGUCUCGAUCUCGCAAGCGCUUGAUGCCAGCGAUGCGGGCGAGCCUCAACCCAGGACGAUGGAGAUCAGUGAGGCGAUCAUGGUCGAAGAGAACGUUGACGGGCGAGGAGCAACGCAGUUGUUCUGGCUCGAGGAGGAGGGCAAGCCGAUUCGCCUUGUCUUCUCCAAGCUCGGCACCAUCAGCAUCGCGACGCUUUCGUCCGGCUCGCGCAAGGGCAAAGGCAAGGCUGGCGAGGCAGCUUGGAAGGUCGAGAAGGUCGAUGUCGUCGAGUUGUCGCCUGAAGGUAUGGGAGAAGAGCGCUUCAUGGGCGUGAACGGUUGGGCGGUUUGCAGCGGCAUCGCCUACCACGCCGCUUCCGACUCGCUCAUAGUCGCGCUGUCCUCAUCCUCCGUCUUCAGCAUCGCCCUCUCCCCCUCACCGACUCUCGUCCGCGACUCAGCCGCGCCGGACACGCCUACCGCACAACCGAACUCUGCGCACCUCACCUCUCACGCCCGCGACAUCUUCGAGAUGCUCUACGCUCGCGUCAAGCUGCGCAAAGACCGCUGGACGCGCAGCGAGUUGGGCACUCACGUCACGACGGGAAAGGGGAAAGGGAAGGGCAAGAAGGUGGAGCAGACUCCGGCACUGGGCGCAGAAGUCUCGGAGGAUGAGGGUGCACAGCAGCAGAAGGUAGACAAGAAGGCGAGGCGGGACGGAGCGAAGAUUACUGGAUGGGUUGGGCUUGGAACGGGGACGAGCGAACUGGACACCGCCUUCAUGUUCGAAUCCGUGCGACCGGACGGCUUCUCGUACCGCACUUACGCCUCGGAGCGUACUCAUCUCGCCAUCACCAACUUCGCCCUGCCCGCGACCGGUGAUGGGGCGUCAGGCGAGUCUGGUGAAGCCGUUCUCGCCGAGUUUGAGGAGAAGCUGCGAUCGCCCCGGAACUCCCGCCUUUCUUCCCCGCUCAAGGUUCUCCGCCCACUGCUGCACUACCUGACGGGCCUUUCUACCGCUUCGGCCAAAGCCUUUAUCCCUUCGCUUCUCGCCCGCCUCGAUGCAGGCGGACUGGAAGACCGCGAUACGCCCGUCUUUGAUGCGGGACAAGGCGUGGCAGAGAAGCUCGAACAGACGUUGUGGGCGGAUCAGGAGGUCGAGGUCGUCCGCUUGAAGGAGGCAAUCGCGAGGGCAGUUGUCCGCAAGAAGGAACUGCCGGCUGAAUUGCUGCACGAGGCAACCUUGAAGCAACUCGAACUCACCCGCGAGCUCAUCAAGGAGAUCCUGUCGAAACUGGCGGCGAUUCUUGGCUCCGAGGAGCUCGACGAGGCGGAGAAGCCGCUUCAUGUCCGCCUUCUUCUCGCCUCGUCUGCCCUCCUUCCUCCGGCGCCAGACGCAGUCGAGCACGCUCUUCUGCCGCCAGACGCGCUUGCUCAAGCCUACGAGCAGCCCGACACAUGCCCCGCAUGCCGUGCGCCUGUCCCUCUCGCAAACACGCGGUUCGCCUGCUGCGAGCAAGGCCAUCAGUGGGAACGCUGCUCGAUCACCCUCUCGCUCGUCUCGACCGUCUCGGUGCGAACCUGCACGUCUUGCGACCGCAAGGCUCUCCUUCCAGGCGCAGUAGCGGGCGUGGUCAAGGAUGGGAAGGUCGACGAGCUGUUAAAGAAGGCGACUUGCUGUUUGUACUGCGGCGGCAGGUGGAUGAAGGUGCGGUAG